AAAUAAAGGCAACGUUGCAACGCGAAACGUUGGGCAUCUUGGCUGUUCAGUGUUGUGUUGGAAGACCACAGCAACGUGUGCAUCAAGGCUGCAGAAGCCACUAGUGUCGUGCUUUCUUCCCCACAACUACAAGAUGCGAGAAGAAGCGUCGUUCAAGCAAGUUUCUCCGAACGUCGUAUGGUACGCUUGUUUUCGUACGAGGGAGUACAGUCUGAUGGUUGUGUCUACAGCCAGCCACAGGCAGCAGCUGGCUGUGCCGGUGAGCCAGUUGGUUCGCACUCCUGCCCAAAUCGGAAAUGACGAUUCUAUGACAAUCAGUUUAGAGGAUGCCGAGGAUAUCAGGCUGUGGAACAUUGGUGGCGUGCGCGUUUCUCCUGCUUCUGUUGGCCUCUCACACGGAGUGUGAUGUGUUCAUCGAACCCAAAGCAUGCAUCUUGCCUGAAAAUGUAGCCCAUAGUCGGGGCUCCGACCUGAGUCAGGUCUCCUGUAUGGAGUUGAAAGAUACCGCUCAAAUGCUCGGUGCCAGUAUGCUCCGGAGGUGGAUGGACCGUGAUGGGCUCAAACCUUGGAUGCUCGAAAUCCACCAUGCGCCGUUGAAGCUGGCACCACCGCCAUUUGUUCAUUUCACCAAUCUACAACACCUCGAGCUGUACAAUGUUGCAAUGCACAGCUUGCAUCACAACUCUUUCCUUGGUCUCUCCAAGGUCCGCACUCUGGAGAUCAUUGAUUCACCACUUUUAUCCUUACCCACUCACCUGCUGUCACCCCUACUCAGCCUCCAGCACAUAACGCUGCGCAGUCCGACCUCAUUCACUCUGCCUCAUCAGUUCUUCUUCAACAAUGCUCAGCUACAGACCCUAUUCCUGUCGGACUCCAUCGACACGAUCUCCGCUGCCCUGCCACAUCCCAAAGCUACCCUACUUACAACACAGAAUAUAUCAGGCCCAGGAAGCAAGCUAGUUUGCUCCUGCCAGCUCGCUGCCUUCUUGUCGAUGCCAGUCAGCCACGGUGUUCUGCGACACGACUCUGAAACGAACAUUACCAGCCAUGUGUGCUCAUCUCCUGCUCGUGUGCAGGGUCAGCAACUGGCACUGCUAAGCAAACACGACCUCUGCCCUCCGUCAGAUAGUAGCCCCAGCGAGCAGAUAUCCCGUGUCAAGUUGGCGCCAGCAAGCCACCGCGUCGUGCGCAGUAUCAAUGACAGGGAAGAGCACGCCUCACCCCAGCUCACAGUCCGUGGUAAAUCAUCACCGCGUGCUAUACCUUCAGCGAUCAUCAAAGUUGCAGUGCCUGUAGGGAUCACACUUGUUCUUUGCCUUGCAGUUGUGAGUUUACUAUGCUGCAAGGAAAAAGACGACCAGCCCGACCUACCGGCUGCUUCCACGACAAAUCGUAUGUCCAGGACACUGUCGAAGAUGGUAUCUCCAGGUAACUUGGCUGACAAGGAUGGUGAGGAUGAAGCUAUGUUGGGUGACUCCACACCACCUGAGCCAACACCAGAAGAACUGGAAGAGUUGAAACACCUAGAAGAGGAGAGAAUCCGCCAGGAAGAGGAAAGGGCACGGCAGGAGGAAGAAGAGCGGUUGAUACGAGAAGAAGAGGAACGCAAGCGCCUCGAAGAAGAGGAGAAAUGGCGCAAGAUCAAGGAGCAGCGCGAGGAAGAGGCUCGCAAAGAGAAUGAGCAGCAUGAGCUGUCAACAGGCCUGCGUCGGGCACUGACCAUGCGCCGGUCUGUAGUAGGCGCGCAGCCGCUGGUAGUACGGCGCAACGAGCCUGAUUCUGACAGCUGGUCGUCGUCGUCUUCAUCCUCCUCGUCUUCCUCAUCCUCAGAGAGUGAUGGCAAGAGUGAAGCUGGUGUUGGAAAGAGCGAAGCCGGUGAUGGUGAAAGCAAUCGUGAGGAACGUUCUGCUGAUGCCGACGACAAGAAGACAAAGAAGAAGAAAAAGAAAAAGAAGAAGAAGAAGGGUGACAAAGCGGACAGUGAUAGCGACGGCUCUUCGCCUAAAGAAGUUGUUGUUGCUGGCCGCACCACUGUAGACGGUGAGGAGAUCGUCUCUAAACCGGACACGAUUCCAAUGGGAAUAGUGGAGCGCAUGGCGCGUACAUUGGCCACCCAGCAGGAAGAAACCGAAGCUGAAGUUGAUGCGGCUUCCAGCGGAAGCAAGGUGGAAGAUGUGGGGGGCAUGGAGACUACUUGCAGCGGUAAUGGCAUCAGCAUCGGAUUGAUAUCACCUACGGAGAGUCUGGCUGAAGCUGCCGCGGACAAGCCUGAGGAAAGGAACAGUCAAGAUAAUGACGGAACAGCCGUGGACUUGGUCAAGGAUGAAGUGAUGCGCAUGCUCAUGAAACUGAUGGGUGCCAAGGGAAUUUAUGGUGAGGGCAAUAUUGCAGCAAGUGAUGCAGAUUGCGAUGAUGGUGGGUUUGACAGUGACGAGUUCGACUCGUUCGACGAUGACAAUGAAGAUGAUGACCCUGAAAAUGCUGGAGACAGUUGUAUGCUUCUUGCUGUUGACGAGGAAGCCACCGCGGCGACCGACGUGGCUCCGAUACCAGAGAGUGACAGUGUUACCGAAGUGAAGCCACAGUCAAUCGCUCCCCAAAGCCUGGUGCAGGCCACGUCCAUCAUUGACUUUGCCACCAGGAUGACCAACGCGGAUGGUGUUCAGGUCGACCCGGCCAAUUCUGAAGUGUGUGCCGCAGCCGCUGCGGCGGCCAUGGUGAAUAUUUCACCCAGCGACAUUGCUGCAUGGGGACAGAUGACUGAGCAAGAGAAGGAGAAAUUCCUAAGCACCGCAGUCACAGGCCUCAACAACGGCAGCACUGACAAGCAACGGAAAAAGAAGAAGAGAGCUGGUCAGCGGCAGGGCGGGAAGGCAGGUACCACGCUGAAAAAGUUCUCCAGAGCGGUGUCGGUGCGACGGAAACACACCGCAUCGGUAAAGUCUGCUGGGCCUGUGGAAGAGGAGGUAACGGAGCAGGAUUUGAAGGAGUGGGAAGGUGUGGGAUCGGACAGCGACACCGGCACUGGCGGUGCUCUGCAGGCUACUCGCAAGGCAUCCUGCACUUCAACACUGCCGCUAUGCCCUGAGGUGGGCGUUGAGAGGCCAUCAUGCAAUACGUCUCUUCACUCCUUGGGGCGCGGCGGCAAUCACUUGACGGUCGAUGGUGCUGUAUCACCGACCGACUCUGUUUCGUCGAAGGACUUCCUCGAUCAGCUGGCCGGCGGUGAGGGCCAAGAGGCGAAGAAAUCCCAGCCAUUGAAGAGCGCAGCUGGUGUAGUGCGCCGUCUCUCCAUGCGGAAAAAUCGCAUUGGCAGCAUCUGCGAUUCUAAAGACAAGGAAAACGUGUCGAAGCCUCAGCGAAGAAGGCAGUCCACAGAGCUGCGAGAGAUUGACAAUGACUGGGAGGAGGCCAAGAUUGGCAAGAACUGGUAAUGAAUAUCAGACUCUGUGUACUGCUUGAAGUGGCACUUGCUGUUCAAUUGCCGUUGGCUGUUCGCUGGCACACUGUGUUUUUUUCUUUCUUUCAAAUAUACCUUUUGAGCCACCUGCUAAGUGUGGGCGUGUUACUGAACAUUGACCGAAACCUAGUAUCAUGUAGUUGAUGACCUCAGCUGCGUGCGCCUUCAAUCCCCAAUUGAACAUUUGUAUUGACUUCUCUGUGCACGUAUUUUAAUCGAAUAUCCAGUAUCAAAUCUUUUUUCAGGUGAUGAGUUACGGUUUACACAUUUUAAUGUAUCUCUUCAUUGCACCUCUCUCCAGUGGCCGCUCUGCACAGGCAUUUUCUUUGAUUUUGUAGAAGUCCUAAUUGUUUACUAGAUCCAGUGCUGGGACAUGGAGCGCUGGUAUGUUUGCUAUCUUGUUGCAGAAAUUAUGUUGUCUCUCGCCCUUUCUUGUUGUCCACCGCGAGUUUCUAGUUGUCUGUUGUGCUUCGAAGUGUCCCCGAGGUAAAUCAGCUUUGAUCUCCCUGCUGUCAUCGGUUACUCUGUUGUUCUCAAUUCUUACUGGUGGCAAUUUUUUUAUCCUUGAUUGAUUUUAUUGGAGGUUGGAAUAAAAGUUGAACGCUCUCUCUCUCUCUCCCUUUGCCAUGACUUGUUAUUUUAUGUUCAGCUGUGAUAAGUAGUGUUUUACCUACCAAUAAUAUACUUCCUGAUUUUACCUUAAGUCUCUUCCAUUCACAAAAUAAUUAAUAGCUGCA